AAUAAUUAGCAGUGCCCUAAAAACAGCUGAUCUUCAGUACAGAUCUUCGACUAAUUAUAUUUUUAUAAACCCAUAAUUUAACUUGAAUGUAACGACACGGAAGUGACAGUAAAAUAUAAAAAAUUAUGGGAACCCGAAUAUUUUUUAAUAACUUAAGAGCCAUAAGCGCUAUAAUUAUAAGUAAUCAAAAAAAGGCAUACAAAAUCACCUGUGUCGGUGCCGGAAUAUUAGCAUCCGGUUUUGUAACUUAUAAUCGUUCAAGAAAUGCUGAUGCUGCAAAAUCACAGUGGAAUGUAUCAUCAUUUAUGGCUGAGCCUAUCACUCCAGUGUCUGAUUUAAAAAACAGUGAAAAUGAUAUGAAAACCAGAAUGGAGUUGUUGAUAAUGAAAAUUCAAACUGACUUUUGUAAGGCUUUGGAGAGUUUUGAAGAUGAACAAAAGUUCAAAGUAGACAGAUGGUCCCGUAAAGAAGGAGGUGGUGGUAUCACAUGCGUCCUACAAGACGGUACAGUCUUAGAAAAGGCUGGAGUAAAUAUUUCGGUGGUAUCAGGGACACUCCCACCAGGUGCUAUCCAACAGAUGCGUGCACGGGGUAAAAAAAUGGAAGAAGGUUCUCUACCAUUUUUUGCAGCUGGAGUUAGUGCUGUAAUACAUCCCAGGAAUCCUAUGGUACCAACUAUUCACUUUAACUACCGUUAUUUUGAAGUCAAAAAUAAGGAUGGAUCCAUUCAAUGGUGGUUCGGUGGAGGUACAGACCUUACACCUUAUUACUUGAAUGAAGAUGAUGCUCGUCACUUUCACAAAACUUUAAAAGCUGCUUGUGAUAAACAUAAUAAAUCAUAUUACGCAAAAUUUAAAAAAUGGUGUGAUGAUUAUUUUUUUAUAACUCAUCGUGGAGAACGCAGAGGAGUAGGAGGAAUAUUUUUUGAUGAUCUCGAUACACCAGGCCAAGAAGAAGCUUUUAAAUUUGUUGAGUCUUGUGCUGAGUCAGUUAUUCCGUCUUAUAUUCCACUAGUGUCUAAACACAAAGAUGAUGGAUACGGAUAUGCUGAGCGACAGUGGCAAUUACUCAGAAGAGGGAGAUAUGUAGAGUUUAAUUUGAUAUACGAUAGAGGAACUAAGUUCGGGUUAUAUACUCCGGGUGCUAGAUAUGAAAGCAUUUUAAUGUCUUUGCCAUUAACUGCAAGGUGGGAAUAUAUGCAUGAACCGAAGCCAGGCUCAGCUGAAGCUAAAUUAACGGAAGUUCUUCGUACUCCGAAAGAUUGGUUGAAUAUUGAAUAAGCUAAAUGAAUAAAAUGCCGUUCACAACUUAAUAAAUAAGACUGAUUGUUGUUAUUCCAUUAAAUAAUAAAUAAAGAAGAGAGAUUUAAAAAUUA